UUAUACAUUUAAAACUUUAAAUAUAAUCAAGUUAUACAUGUAUUUAUAUAUUACCGGAUCGGAUCGGAUAUCCGCUUCCCAAAAUUUUAAUAUUUGUGAUUUGCUUCGAUUUUAACAAAUAUUGAUUUUAGUAUUUCUUUGCUUCGAAAGUUUACGGAUAUCCAUAAUUUUUGAAUCGAAUCGAAACGAAUAACAAAUCAAAUCAAAUUUAACGGACCCUACUCUUAAGUGCAAAAACUUUGUUUACUUAUUGGACUGAUAAUAAAUACAGUCACAUAUUGUUUUAUAUUUUAAAAAACGAUAAUUUCUAUAAGUUUAUAAAAAAAAAAAAAAUAGAACUCAAGAUUUACACAGUAUAUGCAUAUCAAACUUCUUUCACAUCUAUUUUAAUUUGCUUUUAUAGAAGUGAUCAAUGGUGGGGCAUAUAUGUUUUAAAAUAUUUUUGCUACAAAUGUUGUAAUAAUAGUACUACUUAUGAAUAUAUAUGUAUUAAUUUUGCAAGAUAUUUGGUGAUAGUUAGACUUUUCUGGUUUCAACAAUUAAUAAGGAAGUAGACAAAUAAAUAAUCAAGUCUUUAUAGAUCCUCCCAGAAAAUAGUUAUGUCUUUGUUUUAGAAGCACAAAGUCAACUGAUAUUGAAAAGGUAUGAAACAAAAGUCCGUUUAUAUUAAACACAUUUCUCAAAACUAAUACUUACUGAAGUUGAUCACAAUUUAGACUUGUAUCAUUCGAAACGAUAAUUGUCAAAAUAAUUUUAAAAUAGAUUUUUAAUCACAUAGGUUUUGAAUAAUUUUUUAUGUCAGCCGUGUAGAUUUUGAAUAAUUUUUAUGUCAGCCAUGUAGGUUUUGAUUAAUUCGUAUAAGCUAUUAAUAAAGUAAUAGUAUAUGGCUGUAAUACACGGACCAUGGGAGAGAAUUUAGUAUCUAUGAAUAAUUAAGUUUGUAACUAGUGGGCUUACCAUUAGUGACAUAUAAUACACACAAAUAAUUAAUCCUACAAACUUUGUAUUCUGCGUCUAUUAUUUUCACAACCACGUGGUUUUUCCAUUACCGUCUUAUUACCAGAUUCAAACUUCCGUUAGUACCAGAAUAGAAUUUAUUAAUAGAAUAAGUUGAGCAACAAUUUAUACCAUCUAUAAUAUUUUUGAUGAAAAUAAUUGUUUAUACAAAAUGCUUAAGUUCUUAUGUUUCAGUUCAGCUUUUAUUUUUUGGGCUUUUUAGUAGGGAAAUAAUAUCAAUUAACAUAUCAUUGUGUAUCGGUCUUAUUUUGAAUUUGAAUAUUAUUAAAUAUAUCAUAUUUGUUGAAUUUUCUUUAUAAAUUUAUCUCUGCAGGUCUUGUUUCUUUGUUUUACACUCAAAAAUAAAUUAUUUUAGCCACGAUCAAUAUUCAAAACUUUAAUUUAUUUCAAAAAAUUAUAUUAUCAAUAAAUAUUUUAUUAGACUUUUUCUAUUUUGUAAACAAUAUCAUUUGAACAUUUUUAUGUGAAUUAGUAUUUUAAUCCACAAAUAUGUUCACAUUUUAUAAAAAUAAAUUUAUUGCAGAUAGUAUACGUUCAAAACUUAUUAACUAUAAAUAAAAAAGUAAAUAGAAAUAUACCUACACACUUUAAAAAUAAUCUAAAAUGAUAAUUUGUUUUAAAUAUUCGAUGUUUAGAAAAAACAUUAUUUGAAAUUGGAUGGUAUUUACAAUUUUCAGUGUAAAAUUUAUUAAUUUUUAUGUUAUAUAAUAUUAUAUAGUCUAUUUAUUAUUUUAGAAUUCUAGUUAGGUAAAUAACUAAUGGUGAAAUUAUAAAAAAAAUAUUUUCUCAAUUUUGUGAACACUCCAAAAAUGUCAACUAUUAAAUCAAAAAUAUAAUAAAUACAUUUCUCAUCAAUAAUGUUUAUUUUUUAUUCUUUUUUUCGAUGGUAAUACUAUGUAGAAAGAGAUUAUUUAGAAAGAGACCAUCUUUUGGCUUGUCCUUACACUUUUACCCUAUAAAUUGAGGUGGUUGGAACCUUGAUAAACAUACAAGUAUACAACUGAAUCCAGAUUGGACAUCACAUUGGAUCAACUUUUCGACCAUUCACAUGAUAAGUUAAAUUCAGUCUUUAUGUGACUACCGUUCCAAGUUAUUAUUUUUUUGGAGGGAGAGGAAUGAGAAAAGCACAACAAACCUGCAAAAUCCAGCCACUACCUAGCACGGGUUUAGUUAUAGACAAGUUUAUUUGAAUCAAUUACUCGAGUACUCCUGUCCAGAAAAACAAAAUCUCAGAUAUUCCUGCCCGAAGCUGCACGGAUUGGAAAAUAGAUAAAUUUUUAAUUAAAUCCGAAAAAUUAUUAAAAGACCACGGAACCAACAGAAUUUUGCGUAUUUACAACUCAACCAGGACCAUUUCGCGGACCAUCAAGACCCGAUCCAUAAAAUUCAGAUCUCUUUUUUCAUAACUUUCGAAAACUUUGUACGACUUGGUGUAAUUGUAAAUCUUGGUGUAACUGUACAGCGUAUAAGACUGCGACUAAUAUAGACUGUAUCAAUUACAAAGUUAUUCUAAAUUGAACUAAGUCGCACUUUUUGAUUUGCAAAUUUCAACUAGUUUUUAUUGUAUCUUUUACAUUUGCCUUAUGUUCUUUUAUGGAGACAGUGUUGUUAAUGAUAUAUUUAUUGAAGUUAAAAUAAAUAAAGAUUACUUUACAGAGAAAAACUAGAGACAUUAUAUUAUAUGAAAUGUAUUUUACAUAAACCUAGUAAAAGUAGAUAAAAAGUACAUGCCAUAACUAAUAAACACACAACUAAUCUUCAAUUGGCCAGUGGCCAGCGGUCAAGUGAAUAUCAUUGCAGAAGUCUCAAGCUGCACAUUGCCAGAAACAAGGAUUGCAUGUCCACCGUGUUCUAGAUCCAUCUAAGGAGACUACAAACACCGGUUAUAUUACUGCAGAGCACCAACAAUCAUGUGAGACGUUGGGAUUUAUUCUUUCCAGUAGAGACAUAAACACCUCAGGUUUUUCGUAACCCCAAUGGUCUGAGGAUACCGAAGUCGUAAUCAUGUAAUCCAUCCGAUCAACAAAUUCACGACUAAAGCUAGGAUAGUUGUGAACAAAUCCUCUAGCAUCUACACUAAACGCUAAGUUCAGCAUUCCAUCUACAUACUUGGCCCACAACAAUUCUCUCUCACCAGCAAGACGGAUUUUUUCCCUUCCUUCAUCAAGUAAAUGGAGGACGAAGAACUCAUACAUACCUCGGAUGUAGAUGGCCUCUAGAUUACCGGCUUGGUAGCACCUAAGCCUAAAUGUCCUUAAAUCAUUAGCCUCAUCAAUCCAGUCAUUCAAGUUAAAGAGAUCUGCAGAUCGGUAGAAGUAUUCUUCUCUGCCUAUUUGAUUGAACCCGGAGAAAGCAAUUCUUGCACUACCGAAGUCCCAGAGAUGGCUUGUUGCUACCUUUGAGAAUCUUAUGAAGCAUUGAAGGAGGAAGAGAAGCCAAGUUACUGUUCGACAUGGAGAGAUAUUUGUUGAGUCAAGUAAAUGGAGAGAUUUUCGUUUUACUUAUUUGGAGAAGGUGAUAAACCCUUUUAUAAUGGGGAUGAUCCUUUAACCGAAAUACAAGUAGUAUGGAAGUUCAACGGACGUGUAGAGAAAAGUAUAAACUGAGUAUUUAUUAUCCCACUUAAGGGUGAUUUGAUAGACGCCUCGAGAAGACACGAGUUCAGAAGACAUGACUUCUCAGUGCGUAUGGUGGAUUGGAUUUGAAACUUUGAAAAACUCUAAUCAAUAAAGAUAUAUAACUGUGUACAAGUAAGUGAAAGUAACUGAUUUAGAUUAUCUAAAUUCAUGAAACUAAGCACAAUUAUAAAAAUUUAGAUUGUCUCAAUAUAUGAAACUAUGUAAAACGUUAAGAAAAUGAGAUAUUAUAUUGUUAUAAUUUGCUAGAAAUAGCAUCUGAAAUAAUAAAUAAAAAUGCUAAUAUUUUGUAAUUUUAUUUCAUGUUAUUUAAUUCUCGAUUUAUUACCUCAACUAUUCUACAAGUUGUAACUCUUCCAUUUAAGGGGAGACGGCGCGACGAGACACGAGUUCAGAAGACACGACUUCUCUCUCCUACAGUCGCAUCUCUUGGAAUUGGAACUAGAACUUUGUAUAACUUUAAUUUAUUAAGAUUUAUAACUAUGUAUAAGUAAGUGAAACUGAGUUAUUUAGAUUGUCUGAAUUUGUGAAACUAAGAAAAAUGUAACAAUUUAGAUUGUAUAAAUAUUUGAAACUAUGUAAAACUUAACGAAAUUUAGAUAGUAUCUUGUUAUAUUUUGAUAGAAAUGAUCAGUAUCCAAAACUUAUUCUACUUAGUGGAUAUAUUUAAUGACAGAAACUAGCAGUAUAUGAGAUAAUAAAUGUAAAUGUUAGUAUUUAGUUUGAGAAAAAACCUAUAAUUAAUUGUUCAAGCAGCGGCAUCUCCAUUUAAGGGUGAUUUGAUUGACUCUCCGCGAAAGCAAGACUUCUCUCACACGCCUUCUGACUGCAACAGUGGCAUGUCUGGAAUUUGGAAGUUUGUAUAACUUUAAUUUAUUAAGAUUUAUAAUUAUGUAUAAGUAAGUGAUAUUGAGUUAUUUAGAUUGUCUAAAUUUAUGAAACUAAGAAAAACGUAACAAUAUAGAUUGUAUAAAUAUUUGAAACUAUGUAAAACUUAACGAAAUUUAGAUAGUAUAUUUUUAUAUUUUGAUAGAAAUGAUCAGUAUCCAAAACUUAUUAUACUUAGUGGAUAUAUUUAAUGAUAGAAACUAGCAGUAUAGGAGAUAAUAAAUGUAAAUGUUAGUAUUUAGUUUGAGAAAAAAACAUGUAAUUAAUGAUAAUGAUGGACUUCGCAAAAUAACUGCUCGUCUCGCAUGAAAAAGUUUCUUAUAAUAAAAAUUACACUUGCAUUUAUAUGCCACAACACUACACCGUCUACAAUCAUCAUUACCAUUGCAUUUAAACUCCACCACAAUAAGUUAAAUCGUCUCCUUCAUUCCGAAUAUAACAUUUCUCUGCAAAAUUCACCAAAAAGAAAAGCAAAGAAAGGAUUCAUCAUCUCCUCUCUCAACAAACAAGAUGACACACAAUAAACUUUCAGAAGUUUCUUAUAACGCCAAGAUCACGUCUUGGCGUUUCAGAGUCAAAAUACACAGGAUCUACCAUUUCUAUUCCUAUGUUACCAGCAGUGGACCUUUCUAUAAAUAUUUCCUAGCAGAUGAAGAGGUACGUGUUAAAUCAUCAUCUCUCGAGUUUCUAAUAACAUGUAACCGUGAAAAAUAAAAACUUGAUCCUUGUACUUUAUUUAUGUAGGGAACCAAGAUGGAGAUAACCAUUUAUGGAAAUUCUGAUAGGUUUCGAGGCCUAGAGAAGCAAGAGGGAAAAUGGGUGGAAAUCUUUCGAGUAGAAGUUAACCGUUCCUAUCCAGGUUUCCAGGUAACUAAUUAUCGGUUCAAUCUAUCUGCUACGCGCAAUACACAAGUCCACAUCAUCGAUCCUUUGAACAAUCAGCUUUCAUGGACUUCAAGAACAUCCAUGCAAUCCCUCACAUGGACCACAUGGACCGAAAUUAUCCCAUAGGUAUGAAUGCUACUAGAAUUAAAAUAUAUUCACAUGUUUUGGAUUCGAAACUUUGUAUAACUUUAAUGUAUUAAAAAUAUAACUAUGUAUAAGUAAGUGAAACUAAGUGAUUUAGAUUGUCUAAAUUUAUGAAACUAAGAAAAACGUAACACUUAUCUAGUAGAUACAAUGGCAGUGGUCUUCAACACGGAAGCCCAUUUCGAUGACCCUGCACCAAGGAUGGUGUUUUACAUAAGGAACAACAUGUAAGUAGAAAGUAACAUAUGAUCAAAGCAAAAUUUAUUUAUACUGUAAUUGACGCACCUUUUUUAUUCUGAAUAGUGACAGUCAGAUAAAAUGUGUGGCAACUGGCGCUCAUGCUUAUGCCUUCCGGGAUGGUCUUGAAAACAUGAAGGGUCGUGGACAGGUGAUUGUGGUCCUUAAGAUGUGGAGGGUCAGGAAAUUUUUGAGUAAGUGCAGUUUAUGAGAAUCUGAUCUCUGCAAAAUUUUUGAGUAAGUGAUAGUUGAGUAAAACAUUUACUAAACUCAUUUAUACAGGUUAUUUUUGUCUUCCUGAUCUAUGGCUUGAGACCGAGGGUGGAUUAUCUGACUUCAGGUUCAAUCCGCGUUUGCCGGAGGUUGAGGAGUUCAGGCAGUCUCUACUACGCAGUGACCCUUAUGUUCAACGAUAUGAGGCUGUAGGUCUUUUGUAAAUCUUGUUGUUCUCAAUGUUCUCCAUCUUCGUACUUGUCUUAAACUUGGUGAAACUUUGUUUAAAUGUUGGUGAAACUAUGUCAAAUGUUGGUGAAACAUGGUGGUUUUACCUUUUUCAAUUUUUCAACUUUGAAAAAAAUAGAUGAACUACAAGUUCGUGCUCGUAUAAAUUAGUAAGGGGUUUUUUUCACAUAAUCAAUUGUCCAACUUUGUAAAACUUAGACAAAGUUGAAAUUCGUUUUCGUAUAAAUAGGUCAGACUUUGUGUUACUUUCACUUUCUUAAUUGUUUAACAUCGUAAAAAUUAUAGAAACUUUUUCGAUAGAUCAAACUACAUAGUUAUCUAACUUCGCAUAACUUAGGAGAAACUUACAAAAAAACAGAAAGUAGUUGGAAGUCUCUUAGGAAUUACUUCUUAUACAUCAUAAUUCCUAGAAUUAAAACGACAGCAAGAAUAACACAACCUCCUGAUAUCUUUAUUUUGGGCUCCAUUAUUUUGGGAGCUUCGCUGAGUUCACUUUCACUCCUUAUUGUUGCUUUCAGAAAUUGAACUUCUUCUUCUAGCAUUCAAACUUGGUUGUCCAACUGUUGUAUCUCAUCGGUGAAAGCUUCUUCAACCCAUUUGAAGACGUGAUUGUCGUUCUCAAGCUACAACGGAUUAAACAUACCAUUAAAAGAAGAACGAGUAAGCCUUCAAUAACAAAAGCUAAAUGGAUGUACCCUUAGUGACGCCGCAUAGAUACACCGAUAAUACCGACGAUAUGGGUUUUGAUUGGUUUUGGAGAUAAGCUCGGUGAUGCCCACCCCGCACCAACACUUACUAGGUAUUCCCCAAGUUCGUACUCGUCUCUGACCACCGGUCGUGGAAAAUGAAGCGGACAUCUCCACUAUUCUCUCUCGGGGUAGGGGGGAGUUCGAAUGGGAGAGAGAUAAAUUAGGGAAGAGAGAGAAAGGAGAAGAUAGGGAAUGGGGAAAACAAAAAAAAAGGGUCUUUAAUACUUUGAUUAAACGAUUUUGGGGUUUUAUCAAAUUGGGAAGAGGGAAAUUUGAAAUUUGAAAAGCUGGGCGAGAAAUUUUAUCCAAGGAUUUUCGUGGUCGAAGUUUCACCAAGUUUUUAGUUUUACAGAAAACAUCACAGUUGUUCUUUUUAAUUAUUUCCAUUUAUAUUAGUUAUACUCUACUUGAAUGACUGAUUUUAUAGUUAUACCAAUUAUAUUAUGUUUCCUUGGUUCAUUUCUCAUACGAUCAUGUACACAUAAACUUGAUUACCUACCAGUAGCAAAUUUUAAAAUGUAACGAGAUGAGUAUUAACGAAAAAGCUAUGAGAACUCAGUGUAUUCCCUAAAUGAUUGCUAACAAGCAAUGAAAUGAAAAUUUUAUAAUUCUGAUUAAAUCAUAAUUUGAAUAAUAAAUCACCAUCUCAUCUUAUUACUUCCAUGACUUAUUAACAAGCUUAGAAUUUACAAUCAUAUUACUCAGUUUCCCUAUCGUAGUUAUACCAGUAAAGGAAAAAGUUUCACUUGGUUGUACAACACACAAAUACAAAUUUCACCUCACAACGUUCCCAUACGAUAAAAACAUCAAAACUGAAAGCGAAAGGCUUACAAUCCACUUCACAUCAAAACUGAAAGCAAAAGGGUUACAACCUACUCCUCUUCUGUUUCUUCUGGGGGUGUUCAUCGUGUUCCAAUCUAGUGCCCACAUUCUCUUCUUCUCCAUAUCCACUCUCACGCUCGCUAUAAUUCCUACUACAAAAGCUUUCUCAAACUCUUGAUAGUUGCUCGGUUAUUUAAACUAUUUGCAAUUCUUGGAUGUCUUCCACAUGCAAAAUACUUCUUCUUUGCUCUCUAUCCACUGAUGUUAGAUAAACAAACACAUCUUCAUCAUCCAAAAUAUAUGAUUGCCUCUUAGGUCCACUACCAAUGGAAUGUAACCCAAAUUGAGCUUCUUCGUUAACGGAUCGAUUCCCAUCUUCCUGCAUAUCCUCUCCUUCAACAAUGAAUAAGUGAUCUCCUCCAAUGAUGAUGGCUCAAAGGAUAUAGCAUACAAACGAGCAUCAGUUGGAAUCCAUUCAUAAUCAUCUCCAGCUUUCGAAUAAUGUCCAUCAUAAUCAAAGUGUAUGUUCGUCGAAAAAAGACACAUUGUCUGCAAUAUAAAAAAAUUAAACCAUUAAAAUUAUACAUGGUUAUACAGUUAUAACAUUAAAUUUAUACUUCGUUUUACCAUUUUACAGAGUUUUGUCAAUAAUCAGCCCGUAUAAUCUAACCAAGUUUCUCCAAGUUUCAGAGUUCUAGAUGUUUCUCUGAAAACCAAAUAGUAAUCAGCGUUCUUUAAUUCAAUCGUCCUUUCAUUCCUGACAUUCAAUCAUACAGUUUUUGAUUAUCCAAUUGAGUAAUAUACAGACCAUCCACACUUUCAGAUCCUUAUACACAAAUGAAUAAGAAAUUUUCCAUUACUACAAAUCGAGUCUUCAAUUCCAAAUUGUAAUCAGCUUUGAUUCCCGGCAUGCAAUUAUACAGUUGUUGAUUAUCGAAUUUUCUAAUAAACAGACCAUCCAAACUUUCUGAUCCUCGACUAGUUCAUACACAAAUAUGAAAUCUUCUAUCCAAAUCUGAAUCCAUGUGAAUUGAGUUAAUCGUUUAUGAGUGGUGGAUGACGAUUCUAAAACGAUUUGAGACAUACCCUGCAAAACAGAAUCAAUAGCUCAAUGAUUCAGCAUCCAAGCGACGAAACCGAGUUAGCAAUUCGAUGAUAGCGAGGAACUUGGAAGAACACCACGACGAGGACGAGGACGAGAGAGGAUCGAGGGCAGUGGAGCCUCGAAAGAGGAGAGAGAAAAGAAGAAUUCGAUUAAUUAAUUAUUUCAUUAAUUUAAGUUUAAAUCAGUCAGGGGCACUUUCGACAUUAACCACACUCCUAGAGAGUAUCAGAAUAGACAAAAGUACGCCAAAAUUCGUAAUAGUAUGCAAGAAUACUUUUUGCCUCAUUAAGAACAUCUGAGAUUAUAAUCCAGUUUACUUAGAACUGCCUUAUGUCUAUUCGGUACUAUGAGAAAUGCAAGCUAUUAGAACUUCUUCAACAUUUGGUUUGGUACACGUAUAAGUAAUGGUUAGAAAAUUGAUUUCAUUCUUUAUACUAGAGUUUAAAUGUAUGUACAUAAAUUUUAUUUUCUGAUGAUCAAUAAAUUUAAUAUUUUAUCAAUUAUUUUAAAAUAUUUUAAAAAUAGAUAAACGCAAGAGGUUAGUACUUAGAGUAGGAGGCUAUCAAUUAACAUGGCAAACAUUUAAUUAAUUAAAAGACCCUCCUUUGUCUCUACUUAAGAGCCAAAAUUGCCCCUUUCCCUUGACUUAAUUCCAAUUUAAAACAACUCACAGCGAUGGCUCAUCUUUGGUCAAAAGUCUCACACGCUUCUUUUUUUGGCAUGCUCUUGAACACGUGCUCUCGUCACUCUCUCAAAUGAGCUGGCUCAAGAACAAAAAGGCUCCUUUUAGGAAACUCCCUCAAAUGUCUCUCUCUCCUCCACUGCCUAUAAAACUAAAUCAUCUCCUCCACUUGAGCUUCCAUCUCAACACAACACAAGAAAACCUCGAUCAGAGAGUGAAUCACAUACACUGUUCAAACACGAAUUGAGUUUUGUUUAAAAUUAAAUACAAUGGAUUUCUCCGGCAUGUUUCUGACUUUCUUCGCGGCGGCUCUGUUUCUUUGUGUACUCCGGUUUAUAGUUUCAGCCGUCGGAUUCCGCCGUAGCUCCUCCUCGAAACUCCCACUUCCUCCGGGAACAAUGGGUUAUCCUUACGUCGGCGAAACAUUCCAGCUUUACUCACAAGACCCAAAUGUCUUCUUCGCUUCAAAACAGAGAAGAUACGGAUCGGUGUUCAAGACUCAUGUACUGGGAUGUCCAUGUGUGAUGAUCUCAAGCCCUGAGGCAGCGAAAUUCGUAUUGGUCACAAAAUCUCAUUUGUUUAAACCAACUUUUCCGGCGAGCAAAGAGAGGAUGCUUGGGAAACAAGCCAUCUUCUUCCACCAAGGAGACUAUCAUGCUAAACUCAGAAAGCUCGUUUUAAGAGCUUUCAUGCCUGAUUCAGUCAGAAACAUGGUCCCUAACAUUGAAUCAAUCGCUCAAGAAUCACUCAGUGCUUGGGAUGGAACUCAGCUCAACACUUACCAAGAAAUGAAAACAUACACUUUCAACGUGGCGUUACUCUCGAUACUCGGUAAAGACGAAAUCUUUUACAGAGAAGAUCUAAAACGAUGCUACUACAUUCUCGAGAAAGGUUACAACUCGAUGCCGAUUAAUCUCCCGGGAACGCUAUUCCACAAAGCCAUGAAAGCUCGCAAGGAACUAGCUCACAUCCUCGCAAAGAUCUUAACCAAGAGAAGACAGAACCCAUCAACGCACAAAGAUCUUCUCGGAUCAUUCAUGGAAGACAAAGAAGGAUUAAGCGACGAGCAAAUCGCAGACAACAUAAUCGGAGUUAUCUUCGCGGCAAGAGACACGACCGCGAGUGUGAUGACGUGGAUCCUUAAGUACUUAGCAGAUAAUCCAACUGUCCUAGAAGCUGUCACGGAAGAACAAAUGGCGAUAAGGAAAGGGAAGAAAGAAGGAGAGAGUCUCACUUGGGAAGAUACAAAGAAGAUGACACUAACUUCUAGAGUCGUCCAAGAGACAAUGAGAGUUGCUACAAUCUUAUCUUUCACAUUUAGAGAAGCUGUUGAAGAUGUUGAAUACGAAGGAUACUUGAUACCAAAGGGAUGGAAAGUACUGCCGCUAUUCAGAAACAUUCAUCACAAUGCUGAUUUCUUUUCGGAUCCCGGAAAAUUUGAUCCAUCGAGAUUCGAAGUUGCGCCAAAACCAAAUACAUUCAUGCCAUUUGGGAGUGGGAUCCAUUCUUGUCCGGGCAAUGAGUUAGCUAAACUUGAAAUCUCCAUUCUAAUCCAUCAUCUCACCACUAAAUACAGGUGGUCAAUCGUGGGACCAAGCGAUGGAAUUCAGUAUGGACCGUUCGCUCUUCCUCAGAAUGGAUUGCCUAUUGCCUUGGAACGAAAACCAGAGGCUGACGUAUGAACAAUUACGAGAGUUCACCCAUAAGCUUUCUAAAACUAGAAAGUGAGGAAUUUAAAGAGAAUAUUUACUUCAUGGGCUAAAAAAACAAGAAUGUAGAAAUGAAAGAGAAUAAUUAGGAAAAAUCCCAAAUGGGACCCCCCAAGUGUACAUACAUUUUAGUUAUUUUUUUAUUAUAAUUUCUACUAGUUCAGGUUUAGUCAUUGCAGUGAAUUAAAUUUGAGAUUUGUUUUUGUUAUGUCUCUCAAGUUGUAUAUUCUUAUGUUAUCAAUGUUAUGAAUACAAGUUAUGGAAUUUUCAAGUAAGAA